AUGCUUGCACGCGCUUCCGCGAGAGUUGCCAAAUGCGGCCCUGGAAACCUCUUCCAGGUUCGCCAUGCGAGCAGCAAAGAGAUCCGGUUUGGCUGUGACGCAAGAAACCAGAUGCUUGCAGGAUGCAAUCGCCUGGCAGACGCCGUCGGCGUGACUCUCGGCCCGAAGGGACGCAACGUCGUUAUCGAGCAACCUUACGGUUCACCAAAGAUCACGAAAGAUGGCGUGACAGUCGCGAAGUCGAUUGAGUUGGGAAACAAAAUGAUGAAUCUUGGAGCUCAGCUGGUGAAGCAAGUUGCUUCCACGACAAACGACAUUGCCGGCGAUGGAACAACUACUGCGACGCUUUUGGCACGUGCCAUCUUCAGAGAGGGCUGCAAAGCCGUCGAUGCGGGAAUGAACCCUAUGGAUCUCUUGAGAGGCAUCAACCUUGCGGUGGAUAGGGUCCUCGCGCAUUUGAACUCCGUGACGAAGAACGUGACGACGUCUGAGGAGAUCUUCAACGUCGCCACGAUCUCUGCGAACGGAGACAAAGUGAUCGGGAAGCUGAUUGCAGAUGCUAUGGAGAAAGUUGGCCGUGACGGAACCAUCACUGUUUCGGAGGGGAAGACACUGACGCAUGAGCUUGAGCUCGUGGAAGGCUUGAAGUUCGACAGAGGCUACAUUUCCCCCUAUUUCAUCACAAACUCGAAGGAGCAGAAGGUUGAACUGGAGAAGCCCUUCGUCCUCCUCUACGACAAGCGCAUCUCCUCCGUCAAAAGCAUCCUCCCCGUCCUCGAAUUCAUCGUCCAGAACCAGGGGUCUCUCCUCAUCAUUGCCGAGGACGUCGACAGCGAGGCACUGGCGACGAUGGUGGUCAACAAGCUGCGCUUGGGCCUGAAGAUCUGCGCAGUCAAAGCGCCAGGUUUCGGGGACCACAGAAAGGCUAUGCUUCACGAUAUCGCAGUGAUGACAGGAGGACAGGUCGUCACGGAGGAAACCGGCGGCAGCCUGGAGGAUGCGCACCAGAUGCCCCAGAUGCUUGGACGCGCCAAGUCCGUGACAGUGACGAAGGACACGACCCUGGUGAUUGAGGGCGGCGGCGAGAAGGCGACGAUUGAGGAGCGGUGUGACCAAAUUCGCGUUUCGAUGGAACAGACGCACUCAGACUACGAGAAGGAGAAACUGCAAGAGCGUCUCGCCCGGAUGACUGGCGGCGUUGCGGUGAUCAAGGUUGGAGGCGCCUCAGAAGUGGAGGUUGGCGAAGCCAAAGACCGGAUCCAAGACGCGCUAUGUGCCACGAAGGCCGCGGUGGAAGAGGGUAUUGUGCCCGGAGGAGGCACGGCGCUUCUGUACGCCAGCGAGACUCUGAAGACGAUCGAAACGACAAACUACGACCAGAAGGUCGGCGUGGGCAUUGUGCGGAACGCAUGCAAGCAGCCCUGCAAGACGAUUGCGGACAACGCCGGCCACGAGGGCGCGGUUGUCGUCGGAAAUCUCCUGAGAGAAGCGGAUCCCAAGAAGGGGUUCAACGCCCAAACCGGGGAAUACGUUGACAUGAUGGCUGCUGGCAUCAUCGAUCCCACGAAAGUCGUCAAGACCGCACUCUCUGACGCUGCGUCCGUCGCGUCUCUCAUGACCACGACCGAGGCUGCGGUCGUUGAAGCAAAGGAGGAGAAGAACGAGGAGCCCAUGGGAGGAGGCAUGCCCAUGGGCGGCAUGGGCGGUGGCAUGGGAGGCAUGUACUAG